UAUUACAGUAAUUUAUUUAUUAUUACAUUUAAAAAACUUGUUAGAACAUUGUGUACAAUUGUGUAUAGAAAACUACAAUGACUGAUUUUGAUUCGGACCUUGAGAGUGAUUUAGAAGCCGAACUUGAAGAUCUCAGAAGGCUCACAGCAGCAUUAGAAGAUGAUGAACCAGGUCCCAGCAGAGGAAUGUCUCAGUUUUCGGUUCAUACUUCGCAAUCAACAAUUAAUUCUGUACAAGAUGAUUUCAUCAAUAUUGACACUGCCAUCGCUCUAAAUAAAUUAUACGACGAAAAACUGCAAGGUCUUGAAAAAAUGCUGAUAAAUCGUUUAAAUCAAUGUAGACAGAAAUUAAGAGAAGUUCAAUGCACUAAUAACGACGAUAAAAUUGAAAAACCGAAUUAUAACAAGUUUAAAUACAUUCACUGUGGUAAACCGUAUUUCAAGGAUGAGUUUGGUUUUCCUGCGCCCGACAAUGAAGAUACUUUGCUCAGAGCAAAAGCGGGAAUGUAUGAUUUUGCUUCUAUACAAGCUGUCCCUGGUUGGACUAUAAAAGAUAAGAAUAUAUUAACUAAAUGUAUUCUUAAAUUAUCUAGAGAAAUAAAAAGAAAGCAAUUAAAUUCACAACUUGCAAAAAUGCAAAGGUUAAAUGUAAACAAAACAAAAAAAAGUAAAGAGCAUAAUGAAAUUCAAAAAAUAAAAAAAAAAUUAAAUAGAAUUGAUAAAAUGCCUCUUAAACUAGUAGCUCUACCCAUUGAUGAAGAGUAUGACUGGGAUUUUGUUGCGAAAAAAUUAAACCAUAGACAUAGACCUCAAGAAUUUAGAGCGUUAUGGAAACUCUUUUUACAUCCUUCAAUAAAUAAAACUCCUUGGUGUGAAAAGGAGGAUACAAAACUACAGGAUAUUGUUAAAGAGAAAGAAUAUCAAGAUUGGGAUGCUAUAGCUAAAGAAUUAAAUACAGGACGAACUGCCUAUCAGUGUUUUGUAUACUUCCGUACUAAUAUGGGGAACAAUUUUAUUUUACAUAAUUGGACCAAAGACGAAGAAGAGUAUUUAAAAAGGCUAAUAGAAUAUUAUAGAGAGGAUAAUUACAUUCCAUGGUCAAAAAUAGCAUCUUCAAUGGAGAAUAGAACUAAAAUCCAAGUUUAUAACAAAUACUUGAGAAUGUCUGAACUUAGAAAAGGUAGAUUUCUACCCGAGGAAGAUGCUGUCAUACUUACAUUUGCUGAUAAAUAUGGUACAGAUUUCAAAAGAAUGACGUGGUUCUUACCCGGUCGAUCAGUUACACAGUGCCGUACGCGAUAUCAUGUAUUGUCUAAAAAGAAGGUCUCAAUACAGUGGACUGCUGAAGAAGAUAGAAAGUUAAUACAACUUAUGUCAAAUCAAGAUGUUAUUAAGAAUUAUUCAAGCAUCACAAAACAUUUUCCAGGUAAGGAUAGGGUACACAUAAGAUCUAGACAUAUGAUAUUAGAACGUUGGAUGAUGAGCCAUCCCAAUUUAGAUAUUGCAAAAGCCCCAAGACGGGGCCCAAGACUACUAAAUCGCGGCAAUUUGACUGAUAAUUUAAAUAAGGCCAUUGAAAAUCUAAAAGCAAGAGUGAAAUCCGAUAUACAAAAGGAUAAAUCAAGAGUGGUUACAAUUAACUCAUCAGAGCAAAGCAUUGACGACGCGAUAAUAGACUUUUUUGUAAAACAACAGAUAAAAACUAAAGAUUCAAAUAAACUCAAGACAAAUGAUAAGGAUACUAUACAAGAACCGAGUCAAACUGAAUAUGAAGCAAGAGAGGUGGUUAACGUCGCUAAUUUGCAACAAGUUCUAAUUUUGCUAAAAGCAAAGUUAAACAAGGAGAAGUUCAUGAAUAGUAGUACGUUUAAUCAGUUUCCACAAUUACAUUUGCCAGAUCUUAAUAUUUAUAAAAUCAUUAAGAAAUCCUAUUCAAAAAUGAAAAAUGGACCAAAUUCUGCACACCUAGCAAAGAUCCCAGAUGUAUUUGGUAAUAAUAGCUUAGGUCGACUAGAAUAUGUCCUUCCUCCAAAUUAUGCAACCAUUACAGGAUGUAGAAAAUUAAUAAAUUAUGUUUCUAAUCAAAAUGAUAUUUCUAGAAAAAAUUUAAGCCACAUCAUUCAUAACAAUAGUAUAUUGAGAGACCAAAUGAGUCGAAUGAUAGAAAGAUUUCAUACUUUGUUUAUGUGGCCUGUGAUGUUAUCAAAUAGGCCCCCGCAUCCACUAACAGCAAGAAACGUAAAACCAAUAAAUUACCAGCCCCCAGAAAGGAAAAUUCAGCCACCUCCAUAUCAGAGAGGAGAUUAUUUGUCUUUGCCAAAAGUGAUUGAAGAUGACAAUAUUAUUAGUGAUGUAAUUGAUUUGGACCAUAAUAAUAUGAAUGAUGUUACUCUAGAACAAUCAUACAUUUUUAGACCUUGUGAUAGUGAUGAUGAUGAUGAAUAA